AUGCCUUUCCAGCAAAAGGAAUUCUCCGACUUUCCUGCUCCGCCUCCCGUCGGCACCCCGACCGACUCUUCCGACGCCCAGCCUUGGUAUUCGAUCGGUCCGGGCAUCUGGGAAUUGCUGUUGAACGGAGAGAAAGACUCCCACCACAAGUCGGUCCUGCAGUGGUUCGAGCCCGGCCAGAAGUCCCCACAAACCGAGCCGAUCACCCAUCCCUAUGUGGAGGAGGUGUGCUUCCUACAAGGCGGGCUGCGAGACCUCACGCUGAAUCAAGAAUGGGGGCCUGGUGCAUACGCGUACCGAAGGCCGGGCAUGAAGCAUGGGCCGUAUCAGGCAUCUGAACGGGGCUGUUUGGAGUUUGUCAAGUUGAGCCCAGCAUGA